AUGACGCUCAACGUUCGAGCACAUCGUUUCUCCUACACAUCGUUUCUCCUAGGGUCUUUGAAGAAGAAGCUGAACACUAGCUUUGGCACCUUGCACCGCAAAGAUAAGGAGAAUCUCGAGUCAAUCAUCGGCUACUAUGCAAAACAUGUCUUAACCGCAGAUGUUGGCCCUGCACUGGUCAAGACCUUGAAAAAGCUCGUGUCUGUGGUUUGGAGAAUGGACAAUAAGAAAUCACGGCUGUCGUACACCAGCAAGGGGACCUUCUCCGACACAACAAUACUGCAGGUUAUAAAAGCCGCCUUCGGAGUUCACAAUUCUGCCUUCUUUGAGGGCGUCGCCAGGCGCCACAAGGGCAAGCUAUCAACGGAUUUCUUCAAAUGGGCUCGAGAGCAGUUGCGUUCUGCGGUCCUCGCCUACCCAGACUUUACGGAGAGACUUCUCGCAGUGCUGCACCUGUUUCCUUCCAACGAGCCCUUGUUAGACGAGGCUCGGAUUUGGGUGGAGAGGGUCCACGAUCAAAUGCUAGAGGUGUUAUGGCAGUUGGAGCUGGAGCCGACGCAAGAUGAUGGUAUUGCCAUAAUGGAAAUGGCCAUCAAAUAUCAUGAUGUCUCGUACAUUUUGGCUCGGUUUGUUCUCCCAUCUUCUUCCUCAGCCUAG